UUAGAAGUCUCGAACGAAAGUCUCUUCUCUUUGUAAUCAAGAUAGCAAAUACCCAAUCAUCUUUUCCAGCCGCCGGUGAUUUUGUAGUCUGAAUAUUUUGUGUCUUUUUAUAUCGUAUUUUACCAUGUUUUGAUUGUUACGUCUGUUGUUAUCUUUCCCUAUAAUGGAAACCCUAAAAGGAGAGUUGAUUACCUCAUUAAUAAAUCCCAGUCAACUUAAAUCAUGGAUGAAACCUGUGGAUCCUGUAGAUGUUUGGCUAGAUCAUCAAGGACUGUACCGGAAGCAUACAGCUCGAGAUGCAUCAUGCUUGUACCGUAUUAUAGCUGAGCAGGUUUAUCUAACCCAAAUGUUUCAUAUGCAUGUACGAAAACAAUGCAUCGAAUUUUGUAUCAAGAAUCCAAAAUAUCUAAAACGUUUGAAUUUUUCCUCUGAGGAUGUAAUUGAGCACCUCCAAAAUUUACGGGAGCCAAGUGGAGAAUUGGAAAUUCAGUUACUAUCCAUUAUCCACAAGUAUGAUUUUGUCUUACAUAAGGAAAUUGGCCACCCUCCGUCCAGUUUGACCAAUUAUGGUUACAACAAAGUAAUCCACCUAUGGGCCUCAAAGGACAGUCAUUAUGACUCAGUUCAUAGUAAGCAGCACAUUGCAAAUGCAGCAUUUUGUCAAGCAAUAGUGUAUGAAAUUUUGUACAAGCGAGUUUUCAAGUUACAAGAAGUGGAUUUUGCUGUCAAUAAGAUGUUGCACGAUAAAGUUACAAGGUACCCUCGAGAAAUCAGCAACAGUUAUGGGUAUGCAAUGCGUCUUGAAAUGAGAGAACAAUGUCUAAAUGCAAAGGAGCUCCUGAAAAUGGACAUCACACCAUUUCCUUACAAAGUAGCAAAAUCUCUCGACCCAAAUAUUUAUCGAAAUGUAGAAUUUGAUACUUGGAAUGACGGGAGACGAGGUUUUCGCUUGACUUAUUGGAGCAAUCGAGAAUUGAAAGUGGGCGCUAAGUGUCUUGUAACUCUGAACCCAGAAACUGUCUAUGUUGCCCAUAUCCAAAAAAUGUCUGAAGACCAUGGACCAGUUACCAUUUUUGUUGAAGCCCUCGGACAAAUGUUGUCUGUGCCGUAUGAAAAAUUGUCCUUACUUCCUGAAAUCCGCUCUUCUUUAAAUACCUAUCAAGAGAAGUGUCUCCAGUCUGGGAGUAGUAAUGCACCAUCUGAUGAAUAUGAUGAUGUUGAUUACCCCGACAACUCUCUUUACGUUGGUCCAACGCCAAGCACCACCAAUAAUGAUGAUCCUCAGGUUUAUCAUGUAUCCUCCAGCAGCGAUCAUUUUUCAAAAGAGUGUGAAGAAAAUGAAGAAAAAUCUCAUCAGUUUACAAAUAUUAGCAAGAAACAGGAGCCUCUUUCAACGAUGAAUGAUUCAAAACAAGAUUCACACAACCCAGGCGAUGGCUACCACAACAAGCAUGAGCCUCAACCAGCCUCUUCAGAACGAAUUGAAAAAAAUGAGCAAACCUCCUUGAUGAACCUGAUAGAUGGUGUGUCACCAAUCACCGAGUUUGCCCUACCAUUGGCUUCAGACACAAGCAGCAACCAAACGUCUAAUCCUAUCGUCAAUCUGUCUGCUCUGGAAUCCGUCAUGCACAAUGGAUCUGACCUUCCCCUUUCUGAUAUUCCUACUUUACGCUUCUUCUAUAAUUUGGGUGUCUCGUACCUUCGGAGCUGUAACACUAUGAUGUGUCCACCAUCUCCAUGCCUUCCAUAUUCUUUCUUCUGCAGCCCGAUUCCAGGAAAUGUCUCCACUCCAGAUCCAGUCGGCAAUUCACCAUCAUUACCUCCUUUCAGCUCUCAACACAUCACACUUUCCUCAGUGACAGGAGCUUCCAUCAGACAAAGACGAGAGGCAGUCAUGUCUAGUUCAGGAUCUGUUUACAUCCCAGAAGAAUCGUGUCCCUCUAUUCAAACCUUCGCAGGAAUGCCUCAAAAUGCAAAAACUGUGCAGUCGACAAAAUUAGAAAAUGAACCACUCAUCCACCCACAGCAGGUGACACGUCUGAGCACUCUCAUGCAGUCGCAACCAUCCACUCCUUCGUUGUUCAGCAUGCCAGGAACUCCACCGCCGAAUAGCAUUAUACCCCUGACCCCUGGUGGACUUUACUCCCCCUCAACCCCAGUCUAUUAUUCACCAGCUGAAUGUUCAGACAGUUCAUUCUAUCCUCCUGUUGGUUAUGUAGACUGCGCCUGUCUUCCUCCAGAUACGCCAUCUGGAAUAUACCAAUCAGUUUACCCUCCUCAGUUUACAUUCCCAGAACCAGUUGUGUAUCAGCAAAUGGUACCACAGUCGCCAACCGUAUCAAACUCAUUUUCUACUUAAAUUUAUUUUCUAUAACUAUUUUUCAUGAUGAUCUCUCAUCAAUCAAGUUACAUAAAAAUCCUUGCCAACUAGUUUAGUAUUCAGUGGUCUCAAGUUUUGUCAAUGAGUAAAUUUUUCCCUCAAUCUCAACCGAUAUGAGAGUCUUAAAUGUUGUUUUAACUAAAAGCUUUAAAAUACAGAUAAAUGAGGAUAAAAAAGAAAACUCCAAAACUGUCAACUUAACCUUAUGACUUUAUUUUUUUCUUCAUCUGUAAAUUGUUAAUUCUUAUUCUGUAAAUUGGUUAUGUUACGUUCUUUAGCUUUCUAACUAAGCAGUUAUCAUGACUAUGGAUUUUCCAUAAUAUCCCAAUUUUUAGUUUAUCAAUCUGAGGCUCUGCCUUAAUGACUUAAUUCUAAUUCUGAAAAUCUGACGCUUCAUCCUUGGGAGCAUGUAUCUAAUCUAGAGUCCAUGUCAGAUAACUUGUAGUUUUUUCUGUAAUGCCUAUUCUAUACCCACAGCAAAAAGGACAAAUUAUCUGACAUGGGCUCUAACUCAUGCCCAGUCAGAGGAUGACCUCUCGUUUUGCUUUACCGAAUAAGUUAGAAGUGAGCCGUUACUAUUCUGUAAAACCUGUAAUUCUUGGUGUACUUAACUACCUCUUUUGAAGUCAAAUACACCUGUGUAGAUAAGUUUAACUGUCAUGACUGAGGCUGUGCCACAAUGACCUAAUUUUUAGUUGAUCAAUAGAGUUCUUUUUAUAUUUGAGAUUACAAUUUUAGUUCGUUUGAUCUAAAGUAAAUUAACAAUGCAGUUAAUGAACUUAGUCUCCAUGUUAAUCCAUGUUAAUUUAGUCUUAAAGUUAAUUGUUUCUUUGUGAUAAAGGAGGGUUUUAUACAUGGUGUCUAGAACAGGGAAAACCGGGCUUCAUGAGGGAAUGAAAAUUUACAGGGAAAAAUCAGGGAAUCUGUUCCAGAAACCGGGAAUCUCUUCUACUGCAUAGGGAUCAUUUCGUUUUCAAAGUUGGCGGUCUACUCUGACCGAGCGCUAUUAUUGACUUCUUGAAUGACUCAUUUUUAGCUUCAAAUCAUUGAAAGAAUGGAGAAGCUUUCAUUGACCAGAUAAUAUAAACAUCAGGAACGCUAUCGGAAUUAAAAUUUUGAAUGUGCGCCAAAGUAACGGCAAGAUAAAUGAAAAUCAAUAUUCAUAUAUAUGGAACUCUGGAGACUUACAUUCUUUUCCCUUAGAAAAUCCCGGGGAAGUGGGAGAAAACUUCGGUUUCUCAUCAGGAAAUGAGUCUGGUCAAGAAUUCUAGACACCAUGGUUUUAUAGUUUAUCUGUCGAGAUACAAACCCACUUUGUAGUAUUUAUCUAGUGCGAAACAAAUUUUUUGAACUAGGUGAAAGAUUUUACUCAAGAAUCAAAACUUGUGCCUUGCAGUAAUGUUUGGAUGCCCUCCCAAACCGUGCAAAAAGAAUUAAAAUAUGUACUUAUAGGAAAGAUACUUCAAUAUCUUACCACACUAAAACCGUUCAAUAACUUAUCUCUGGAAUUUGUUAAAAUAAAAAAAGGAAAUUAAAUUUUGUACUUAAGCUAAAAUAAACUGUUAUUCUAUUCA